AUGUCCUACUACGAUUUGGACGCCAUCCUCACGGAUGCAGAGAAAGUACCAUGCAAAUUCGAGAUUGAGGUGCCAGAGUUGGGCUAUCUCGACAACAAUCCGUCACAACCGCUGAAGGCGAAUACUGCAGUCUCACUGCCGCUAUGGCUUGCUGAGCUCUUGGCUUUAGCUAACCGGUCUGCCAAUUCUCAAGACACAGCUCCAUUUCUCACCCUUUCCAUGCCGGCUACGCUUUCGAAUGAAGUCAUCUCAGCCCUCAAAGCCGAUCCGCGCGCCGUGCCCCUCCGUGACCAGUCGCAUAAUUUCUACGCCCUAGCGACGCGAAUGCUGGAUCUGUUCGAGGAGCCAGGCAUGUGUGCCGUACUACGAAGGACAUUUGUCACAAGAGCAGGAGAAACAGCAUUGCAUGCCAGAAAAGCCGGUGCCAGUGAUGACCACAACCCAGCGGGAGGAGGAGACUUUACGCGAGGCCUAGAGGCUUGGGAACGAGCCCUGUUCGUACGCGCGCAUAACGGCGCCAAGGAUUCCAAGGACUGGAUGGCAGGCGUCAAGAAAUGA